AUGGCUUGCCGCUACAUGCUUGCAAUGGGUAUCUCUCUUGAUUUCAUCUACCUUGUCUUGAUGGCCUCAUGGAUGGAAGACAGGUACCACAUGCCAUGGGCCAGUCACCAACCGCUUGAUGUGAUAGAUUACUUUGCAGGGUCUGCAAGGAUUGCCAAAAUUGGAACCAUUCAAGGCUAUACCUGUCGAGCCUAUGAUUGCCUUUACGACACACCUCCAUGUGGUGAAUCAACCCAUUCACAACUACCCCGGCGAUCUGCUUUUGAUUUCUGUGGUGAAGCAGGGUUUUGGUUAGCGAUCCUGAUGGUGCUCCAAGGAAAAUCUCCAGGUAUGUUGGCUUGCCUGGGCCCAGUUUGCAGUAGCUGGUCUAUCGUCAAUCGUGCUACCUCUCAACGAGAUGAGCUAACUCCACUUGGCAAUACCCGCAACACGAAGGUAAUCCAGGGGAACCGGAUGAUUGCAAGGACAGCUCUUUUGGCCCUUUUAGCAGCCCUCCUCGGCGGCUACUUUGUCAUCGAGAACCCGGCUUCCAGCUUCAUCUGCUGGCAUCCAGACCUGGUGUGGAUGAUUGGUGCCAUGAGACGGGCUGGGAUCAAGGUAUACAAAGUGGUUUUCUACAUGAAAGACUUUGGAAGUUCAACUCCCAAGAGAACUAUGUUGUUGACCAACGCUGGGGCAGUACGUCGUCUAUCCAAAGUGAAAGGCAGGAGCAAGGCAAAGCCUGGGAAAUCCCUUUGUCGCAAAUACUUGGACAAGAAAGGCCAGCGAGCGUUUCAAGGAACACCGGCAUUAAAAAAAGUCCCAGUCUUUCAGGUGAAUUUCGUUAUAUCUUAUUCCAAAGUUUUGCCCGGUGAACCCAAACCACAAAAAGUUUUGGUGCUCUACACAAAGACUUGA